GCGAAAUGUGUCAAAAUAAUUGUGCAUUCGUCAACAUCAAAUUCCAUCGAACCCAAAACAUAUUGCAUGUUUCACACCUUUAAUUAGUUCAUUUGUGCAAGAAACUCAUUAGAAUCAUGGCUUCGUCGGAGGAAAAACUAGUGAAUCAAAGGGGUAAUCUCAUUAGUCAGCAGUUGGAAGAUAAGGAAAUUCAAGAAAUAUUAAAAAGUGGCACCGACCUACGCCAGUAUUCACAACAAAUCGAAAAAGAUCUGAAGACCGUCGAAAAUCAAUCGAUAGAAGAGUACAUAAAAGAAAGCCAAAACAUCGCCUGUUUACACAAUCAAAUCGGUGACUGCGAUUCGAUUUUGGAGCGAAUGGAAUCGAUGCUCACUAAUUUUCAGAGUAUUUUGAGCAACAUCAGUUCGGAGAUAACGACUUUACAGAAGAAAUCCGUUUCGAUGUCAGUGCAAUUAACCAAUCGACAGAGUGUUCGAGCUCAAUUGUCGCAAUUCAUUGAAGAUAUGGCCAUUCCUGAAGAAAUGAUCAACGUCAUAAUGCAAACUUCAGUCACAGAAAAAGAUUUCAAUACGCAGCUGAGCAACCUCAACCACAAGCUGAAUCUCGUCAAAGAGCUACAGUUCAAAGAAGCAAAAUCAUCGGAGGAUGUUAAAGACGUGCUGGAAAAGCUAAAAAUUAAGGCGAUGUCGAAAAUCCGGCAAUAUUUGCUUGAGCAAAUCUAUAAAUUCCGCAAACCGAUGACCAACUAUCAAAUCCCACAGAAUGCAAUGCUGAAGAAUAAAUUCUUUUUCGAGUUUGUUUUGUGCAAUGAACGUCAAGUGGGCCAGGAGAUUUGCAACGAAUAUGUUGACACAAUGAGCAAGAUUUACUACAGUUAUUUUAAGAGUUACUCAUCACGUUUAUCGACGCUAAAAUUCGAAGAUCCAGUUACAAAAGACAAUUUGAUGGGUAACGAAGACACAACCACCAAGCAGAGCCUAUUUUCAAAGUCAACUUCGCUACGAAACAAAGGCACCACGUUCACAAUUGGUAAUCGAGGUGAAAUUUUGAGUCAGCAACUCGAAGCACCUAUUCUUGUGCCACAUGCACAACAGAAAAAUCAAUAUGCAUACGAGGCAUUAUUCAGAUCAGAGCAGUAUGCCCUUGUGGACAACGCCUGUCGGGAAUAUCUGUUUGGAACCGAGUUUUUCAUGGUGCGCGGAAGCCAAGCACAAGAUUUGUUCAAUCAAAUCAUGGGAAAGACAUUGACUCUGUUGAUUAAGAACGUCGAAACUUAUAUUCAAGACUGCUACGAUAGCAUUGCAAUGUUCUUGUGUAUUCAGCUAAUUUUGCGGUUUCAAAUUUUAUGCCACAAACGAUGCGUUCCGGCUUUGGACAAGUAUUGGGACUCAUUGCAAGCUGUUAUUUGGCCUCGAUUUGAGCUCAUCUUUCGCAUGAACAUUCAAAGUGUCCGUGAAUGUGAUCCGAAUAAAUUCAACAAAAGCCUGGCACCGCAUUAUAUCACUCGUCGUUACGCUGAAUUUUCGGCAGCUGUUGUUGGCCUAUCUGAGCAAUUUCCAAAUGAAUUAGUCAGUCGCUUGUUGCUUGACCUCCAGAAUGAAGUUGAAUGUUUCAUAAUGAAAAUGGCUGGAAAUUUUUCGUCGCGAAAAGAGCAAUUGAUUUUCUUGAUCAACAACUACGAUAUGAUUUUGAAUGUGCUGCUAGAACAUACGCGUGACAAUUCAAAAGAGGCCGAAACAUUCCGUCAGCACCUAUCAACUCGAAGCACUGAAUAUGUGGAAGAGAUCUUGUCUCCUCAUUUCGGUGGAAUUAUGACGUUUGUCAAGGAUAUGGAGCAUCAAAUUGAGAAAAAUCCGUCCGGAAAUGUUACGUAUAAUGAACACCAUGCGUUGCAAUUAGUCACGAAAUUCUCAUCCAAUUGGAAGAAGGCGAUUGAAGAAAUCAAUCGCGAAAUAACAGUAUCAUUCCAAUCUUAUGUCACUGGGUCAACAUUACUGCAGCUUGCGUUAGCCAGUUUAGUGCAAUAUUAUAAUCGUUUUCAUAAGCUUCUCAAUCCUAAUGAACGCAUGCAAUUGACCAAUAUCCAUCUCAUCACUGUGGAAAUUAAGAAAAUUAAUAAAUUAUCCGGAUUCACGAAUUAACCUAUUUUGAAUAUUUUGAAGCAUUCACAUAAAUUCUUUAGUUGUUGAGUUAUAGUCGGCUUUUAUUUAAAUUAUAAUGUAAAUUUACAUCCGUGAUUGAUAUAAACAAUUAAAACAAAGAAUAUUUUCAAACGGUUUGUACAAAUUAUAUGACGAUUCUAUUUAAAAAAACAGAAAA